UCCAUUGCCUGGCUUUGUUAUGUACGACUUGAUCGUGUUACGACUGAGCAGCCACGAUCAUGACGAAUUUGAGUACUGAUUCAACACAAUGAAUUGAUAAAAAAUCACCUCUGUAUCAUAGCCAUGGCGAGUGCUUCCAGUUCUUCAAAAGGGGAAUUUCAUGUUGGGGGAAAAUACCGUUUAGUGAGAAAAAUAGGAAGUGGAUCAUUUGGAGACAUUUACCUUGCUAUAAAUAUCGCAAAUGGAGAGGAAGUUGCAGUUAAACUGGAAUCUCAAAAGGCCAGACACCCACAGUUAAUUUAUGAAAGCAAAUUAUACAAAAUCUUGCAAGGCGGGGUCGGAAUACCCCAUAUACGAUGGUGGGGACAAGAGAGAGAAUACAAUGUUCUUGUAAUGGACUUGUUAGGACCAAGUAUAGAAGAUCUCUUCAACUUCUGCUCAAGGAAAUUUACCAUGAAAACAGUAUUAAUGCUUGCUGAUCAGAUGAUUAACAGAAUAGAAUAUGUUCAUAAUAAAAACUUCAUACACCGUGAUAUAAAGCCAGAUAAUUUUCUGAUGGGUAUUGGGCGACACUGCAAUAAGGUCUUCUUAGUGGAUUAUGGUUUAGCCAAAAAGUAUCGAGAUAGUCGAACAAGACAACACAUUCCCUACAGAGAGGACAAAAAUUUGACAGGAACAGCUAGAUAUGCGAGUAUAAAUGCUCAUUUAGGUAUAGAACAAAGUCGAAGAGAUGAUAUGGAAUCACUGGGGUAUGUCCUGAUGUACUUCAACCGAGGAUCUCUACCGUGGCAAGGUCUGAAGGUAAAUAAGGCAGCCACAAAGAAACAAAAAUAUGAAAAAAUCAGUGAAAAGAAAAUGUCAACACCAGUGGAAGUGCUAUGUAAAGGUUUCCCAGCAGAAUUUGCCAUGUAUUUGAAUUACUGUCGAGGUUUGCGAUUUGAAGAAGCUCCAGAUUAUAUGUAUUUAAGACAGUUAUUCCGUAUUUUGUUCAGGACACUUAAUUAUCAGUAUGACUAUGUGUUUGAUUGGACUAUGCUCAAACAAAAAGCAGCUGCUGCUGGGACAGGGAUUGCAGCCACAUCACAGAAUGCCACCGCAGGUAAAGGGAGGUGAUGAAAUGGUUUGAGACAAAGGGGAUCAAGAUGCCAAAAUGUGCUACCACACAAUCACAGUGUGACACUGCCAUUUUAUAUAUCAAUCAAUACACCAAAAAUAUUUUGUGAAAUCAACAUUUAAAUACCAGAUCUCUUGUCAAGAGGUGUAUUCUUUUGUUGUUAAAAACUCCACCUUAUAUUUUUACUAUGUGUUCCAAUCUUUUAUCAUUGUCCUUAAGUAAGUGUGGAAGGAGGUGUAUUGGUAAAGCUUAGUUUUUAGUGAUUAACAUUUGUGUGUGCAAGCAGAGAUUGUAAAGUAUAAAUGUUUUUAAUCAUUCAUUUGUAUAGAGAUUGUGAUUUACAAAAUGUGUAGUUGUUCAUUACAUGCACUUGCAUAGUCACUUGUUAACAGUCUGGACAGUUUUGUUGUUUGUGAGGGUGAAAUUAUCAUUUGUUUAUUUCAUUUCAUGGAAUUGAAAAAAUUAUUGAUAGGUGAUACAUGGAGCAUGACCAUGACCUUGUGAUUUAUUUUUACCACAACAUUAAGUCUUGUUCUCUGCAUCUUAACUUUUUAUACAACCGCAAAAAAAUUUUUGUGGUCGUAUAUUGCUAUGAUGUUGGCGUCGUCGUCGUCCGAAGACACAUUGGUUUUUCGCACUCUAACUUUAGUUUAAGUGAAUGGAUCUCUAUGAAAUUUUACCAUAAAGUUCAAUACCACAAAAGGAAGGUUGGGAUUGAUUUUGGGGGUUAUGGUACCAACAGUUAAGGAAUUAGGGGCCAAAAAUAAGCAUUUUUAUACGACCGCAAAAAAAUUUUGUGGUCGUAUAUUGGUAAGAUGUUGGCGUUGUCGUCAUCGUCCGAGGACACAUUGGUUUUCGCACUCUAACUUUAGUUUAAGUGAAUGGAUCUCUAUGAAAUUUUACCAUAAGGUUCAAUACCACAAAAGGAAGGUUGGGAUUGAUUUUGGGGGUUAUGGUACCAACAGUUAAGGAAUAAGGGGUCAACAAUAAGCAUUUUUGUAACUUCCAGACAUAACUUGUGUGUUAGUGUAUGGAUCUCUCUGACAUUGUACCACAAGGUUCCAUAUCACAAAGGGAAUGCUGAGAUUGAUUUUGGGGGUAAUUGCCUCAAAGUUUUAGGAAUUAGGGGCCAAAAAAGGGGCAAAAAAUAAGCAUUUUUCUAGUUUCAGGACAAUAACUUGUGUGUUAGUGUAUGGAUCUUUAUGAAAUUGUACUACAAGGUUCCAUAUCACAAAGGGAAAGCUUGAAUUGAGUUUGGGGGUAAUUGCCCAAAACGUUUAGGAAUAAGGGGCCAAAAGUAAGCAUUUUUCUAGUUUCCAGAGAAUUACUUGUGUUCAAGUGAAUGGAUCUCUCUGAAAUUGUACUGCAAGGUACCAUACCACAAAGGGAAGGCUGGGAUUGAUUUUGGGGGUAAUUGCCUCAAAAUUAUAGGAAUUAGGGGCCAAAAACAAGCAUUUUUCUAGUUUCCGGACAAUUACUUGUUUGUAAGUGUAUGGAUCUUUAUGAAAUUGUACUACAAGGUUCAAUAUCACAAAGGAAAAGCUGGGUUUGAGUUUGGGGAUAAUUGCCCUAAACGUUUAGGAAUUUGGGGCCAAAAAACAAGCAUUUUUCUAGUUUCCAGACAAUAACUUGUGUUCAAGUGCAUGGAACUCUCUGAAAUUGUACUGCAGGUACCACACCACAAAGGGAAGGCUGGGAUUGAGUUUGGGGGUGAUGAAUCAUAAGGGGGUUCAAAAAAUUUUGGGGGGGAGGGGUUUCUAUAAAAUUUUCCAUUUUAAAUUGGUUAUUUCUGAUUUAUAUAUAAAAGCAAAUAAUAAUGAUAUGGUUUGAAUAGGUAAAUUAAAAUUUUUUAAGUUCUUAGACCACAUUCAUUCUGUGUCAGAAACCUGUGCUGUGUCAAAUAUUUAAUCACAAUCCAAAUUCAGUGCUGUAUCAAGCUUGAAUGUUGUGUCCAUACUUGCCCCAACUGUUCAGGGUUCAACCUCUGCGGUCGUAUCAAGCUGCGCCCAGCGGAGCAUUUUAUUAUAUUUUGUUUUAUAAGUAGAACUUGUUUUUCCUCAUUUUCGAUUGAGCCGUUACUUUCAUUAUCACAUGAAGUCCAAAUAGUUCUUUGCUUAUACUAGAAACAUAGUCAAGGAACUACAAUACCCACAUUUCCUAUUGUUCAUUGCAAAAUGUUACAAUAGAAAAAGUCUUUAAUAUGGGAGAUCACUUCAAAUCAUAAAUAAUGCACAUGAAUUGUGGACUUUCUACUGCGUUCAUUCUCUUUUUGAAAAUUUAAUAUUUGAUGAUUUCUUUGUAAAGAUGAAAAGGGGGCACUUAUUCAACUGACAGCAGUACUGUUAUCAUUUAUCAGUUUUUGAAACUCAGUUUUGUAUAGAAAUAAUAUUAUGUGUGUACUUUUGUGUGCAGAUAAGAGGGAUUUCCAAUCUGUUAUGUGAUUAUGGAACCAAUCAGUUUACAAAAAGUUUCUUUUAUUCCCAACGUAAUGAAAUGAUGAAAAACUGGACCAAAUAGGGAAUUGACUGAUUUUGUGAAAACAUUCGUACAAUUAGUCAAAUUUGAUUAGUGAUUUUUCAUACAUAAUCCAGCUUUCUUCUGAAAUAUUUGAUUGCCAUAAGAACACACAAAUAAAUGUUAAUGUGUAGAAAGAUAAAAAUAAUGUGAUGACAAUCCGUCAAUAAACACAGUUCUACAAACGACAGUAUAAAAUAAUACUGGAGGAAAUCUUGAAACUGUGGAGUCAAUCAAAAAAGAUAAAUGGUCAGGAAUAAUAUUCUUAACUUCGUUUAGUCAACAGAAAUAGUUCAGAGUUCAAAUUGUAACUUUUUAGAAUAGUACAUGAUACUGUUGAAUCCUGUUUCUAUGAAUCAGACAUUCCUGAAAUUUGUUAUCAAGCUUCAUGUGUGUACUAUUUACUGUAUCAUGUGUUAAUACAUCUUUUUCUUUUCAACAUCCUGUUUACCGUAAACUUAUAACAGGGGUAUCUCUCACAGUUCAAAUUGUUCUAUCAUACUUAAAAAUUGACUUUUAUUUUUCACAAACUAUGAAUUGAUUUGUUUUCUUUUGUGUUCCCACAAAGAGAUGCAGACGGUAUUGCUUGUAGUUAUGCUUUUGUUGGAUUUCAUGUUCAAAUUUUAAUUUAUCUUGCUUUGAUAAGGUACUGUUUUCUACUUUUCUUUUUUUGCCCGAUUGAUUCAGAGUUGAUAUGUUGUAUAUAGUUUGACAUGAUUACAUUUACAUCCAUUUAUUGUUGUCUCACUUAUGCAUAUUUAGCACAUUACCCAAUAGUGGUUCUUUAUGUACAUGUAUAAAAGUCAGUUUGCCAUCUUUAAUGAAAUAAUAUCUGUUCUUCAUUGAUUUUUGUGGAUUCUUUUUUUGAAUACCAUUUUAGGUCAAAAGAUUUUUCGGACCUGAAAAUGAACAACAUUAUUGACUGUAUUCUUUGUUACUGUUCCAACCUCCAAAGAUGAGAUCUCUAUUAGAGGAAAAAUUUUGGCAGAAAAUUGCCACAGAUCUUAUUGGUUUUUUUUUUUUAAAUUGUACAUGUACUUCUUGCAGUUUAAUUAUUAGUGUUUACCAUAUUCUAAAAAACGACAUUAAAAGAAAUUUAUCAUUUUUUUAAAUUAAAAAGCUAUAACAAAAUGUAAGUAUGUGUGAGUUUUUAUAAUGUAAACAGACAUGUCUUGACAACAAUUUGUCAGUUUUUACCAUAAAAACUAAAAUAUUAGUAAAAAGAUAAACAAUGGAAGUUAGAAAUUUGAACAAUUUAUAAGCUCACAAUGAUAUCUGAAGAGUUGACUACUUUGCCUUAGUUAUUAAAAGACUUUCUAAAUAAUUCUUCUGAAGUAAUUUCCUUGCCAUUUUGACAAUGAAUCAGAGGAGUAAAACAAUGCUUUCAACAUUUUUUUUUAAAUUGAUGAUGUGUGCAAUUGCUCAAAAAUAAUUUUUGAGUUAUUUCUUUUGUGGGAUAAGUUUUUAAGAAAAAUACAAUGUUUCUCGAAAGGUUUCUGAAAAAAGAUGGUAACACAAGUUAUAUUUGUACAAGAAAAUUAUUUGUCCAGAAAAUGUUAUGACUUGUGUUUGUACAUGCUAAUCACGUUAUUCAUAAUAUUUUGAAACCAUGAUUUCUUGCAUUAAAUGUUUGAUUUUUUUUUAUAAGAAAUUGCACUUUGAGUUUUAUUGGCUGUUAUGUUGAAAAUGUAUAGAUAUUGUUAACAUAUUGUGAAAAAGUAUCAUUUUUGUGACAUGAGAGUUCAGUCAAUUUUUAAGUUUCUUAUAUAUGUGAUUCAAGAUGACUGCCAUGACAGUUUUUAUUCACGUUUAUGUAAUUAAAUAAAUCAGGAUUUGUAUUUUAUAGGAUCUUAUGUUGUCUGGAAGGGAACAAAAAGAUUUUUACCAAUGUAUUUGAAAAAAUCACUAAUUUAUAUAUCCUUUGUUUUGUUUGCCAUUUUAUGAACUUGAAAGUUCAGAAUAAAAUAAUUUUUAAAGAUUU